AUGAAAAGAACAUCAAAACUCUCGAGCGAAGAAUUAGAAGAGAGAAGGAAAAAAAGAAAGCUUUAUAUGAAAAGUUAUAGAGCCAAACAGUCGGAGAAAGCCAGAGAAGCUCGUUUGCAGCAACUGCGUCAACAUGCAGCUGAAAUUCGAGCCACAGAGCCAGAACACGUUAGAGAAGCUCGUUUGCAGCAAGUGCGUCAGCAUACAGCUGAAAUUCGAGCCACAGAGCCAGAACACGUUAGAGAAGCUCGUUUGCAGCAAGUGCGUCAGCAUACAGCUGAAAUUCGAGCCACAGAGUCAGAACACGUUAGAGAAGCUCGUUUGCAGCAAGUGCGUCAGCAUACAGCUGAAAUUCGAGCCACAGAGCCAGAACACGUUAGAGAAACUCGUUUGCAGCAAGUGCGUCAGCAUAGAGCUGAAAUUCGAGCCACAGAGCCAGAACAAAUAAAAGUGCUUUUUAUGAUAUUUUCAAAGUGA